AUGGACAUUUCGACUCGUAAUCACGAGCUUUCGGUGCUCCAUCGUGAGUACGCUCUGUAUUUUCCAUCGUGCAAUUUGGUGUUGAAAGAAACCGAAAGUGCCCCGGUUGACGAUGACAUCUAUGCCAAGUUAUUGCUGAAGAGAUCACCGCCAAGUCACAUUGUUUUAACAACUCAAGAAGGAAAAGCCCUAAAAGUCACCGUGGGCAUAAACGGCUGGUACCUAUGCGAAGAGCCGGAAAAGCUGUAUGAAACAUUUGAGUCGCUUCUCCAGAUUAUUUCACCAGCAUUUAGAGACGAGUUCGCACAGCGAUUGUCUUCGCAGCUUGAACAACUACAGAGCUGA